UUGUCAAGUCUCAUAUAUGCAAUAUUUUGCCUUUUCAGCUUUCAUGUUGGCAGUGGUUGCCUAGAAGCAGAAGCCUUCAAGAAAGCCAUUUCUGCAGCACGUAAAGUAUUUGACCAGGCCAAGGUCAUCGGCUACAACUUCAACCUCUUGGACAUUGGUGGUGGUUUUCCAGGCUUCGACCAACCCGAGAUCAACUUUGACGAGGUCACCCAGACAAUUAACACCAGCCUGGACGAGCUUUUCCCAGAUGAUGAUGACUUGAGAAUCAUUGCUGAGCCUGGCCGUUACUAUGCGACUUCUGCAUACACCCUUGCUGUCAAUGUUAUUGCCAAGAGGGAAGAAGUUGAGGCAGAACCUGUGGAAGAGGACAAGGCUAGGGUCAUGUAUUACAUAAAUGAUGGCGUAUAUGGCUCCUUCAACUGUCUGCUAUAUGACCAUGCAGAAUUAACCCCUGAUUACUUGAAGGAAGUAGAUUCGAAGGCCACCAUCACCAGCAGCCUAUGGGGGCCUACAUGUGAUGGCCUGGAUUGCAUCCUGAAGAACUGUGCAAUGCCUUCACUGGAGGUAGGGGAAUGGCUGUGCUUCAGGAACAUGGGGGCAUACACGCUGGUCGCAGGUUCAACUUUUAAUGGCAUGCCUCGCCCUAAUGUGUACUACUACAUCGAGGACACCAGGUGGCUACAGAUGUUGGUGAUGAUGCCCUCCCAGGAUUCAAUCCAACUUGUGUUGAAAGACUUCGAUGUUGCCAAGCCUGUCCCAGACCUUUCAGACCUUCAAGAGUUGGUUGUGCCAGACGUGAAGUGCUGUGCUCCCGAGUGUUAACAGAAUUCAAUAAAUUUAUUGAUUUGAGGAGUCCAAAAUAGCAUGUGCAUAACAGUAUAAAUAUUAUGACUGCAGUAAUAUCCAAUGAGCCCUUUGAAAAUCUAUCUGGAUCAAAGUGGCAUCGACCAUAACUGUUAGGAUCAUGUGUUCAUUUUUACCAAACUGUUAAGAUUUUAGAUGAAAUAAGUUUUUCAUUGUCUGUUGUGUAAAAUCAUUAUUUUUAACAAAGUCAAGCUUUUAGUUUGAAAGUGUCUGAAAUUUUGUUAUAUCUGUACUACAUUGGUGCAUUUGUUAAAGAAAUAUUUUUGAGAUUAUUUGUAUGGAAUUAAUAUGGGGUGGUUUAAAGCAGUCCAAUAAGAUCAUUUGGGGCCAAGGAAGUUGAGGAAGAUGUUUUUAACAUUCCCAUCUUGACAUAACCUCAGAUUUUAGCAUUUUGUUUGAUCAGUCUGCAGAUCAACAAAAUUUGAUUUUAGUGAUUUUUCAAGAAGCACAAGCAGUGACUUGUAAAUUCAUUUUUAGUUACCUUAACAGUUUGAGAAACAUUGGGCCAUGAGUAGAACUAAGGAUAACCUCAAAAUAUAAUGAGAAGCAUUUCAUCUGGUAAAUAUUUUUUAAUUAAACAAAUUGAAAACCAGAAUGGGCAGCCUGUGAGCAGAGACAGUUGUCACCAGAAUGACAAGAGAAAUCUUCGAUAAUUUGGUGAAGUGACCUGUGUCUGUCACAGUGGAUUUUAAGUGAUUUGUUGCUCAUUAUGUGUAUGACUGUUUGGUUACUAAGGUAUUUAUGCCUGCUCUGUAGAUUAUAUUCAGAAAUAAAUGUUCUCACAAGGA